AUGGAGUACUUUCAAAGAUCAUUCAAAUACGAAACAAAAUCGAGGGAAAACGAGGGAUUUGGAAACACGAGCGAAAGAAUUUCUAACAUCUACGUUGAGGCAAAGAAACAUCUAUCGGAGAUGUUGAGUAAUGGAGAUGAAUGUACAGAUUUGAUGGUGGCAAGGCAUCCUAGAACCCUAGGAAAGCUUCUAUCUUUUCCAGAUUACGACUCUUCUUCUGCAGUUAUCGAUCAUAAAGACGAACCAGAGCAUGAGGUCAAUGAAAGUCAACCUUCGGUAACAUAUGACGAUCAUCAAGAACUUGAAGUUUCAGAUGAAGUUCAUGAGGCUGAAGAUGUUAUAGGAACCAUAAAACCACAUUCGCCAGAAGAAUCCGAAGUUUAUGAUGCAUCGAAUUUGACCGAAGAAGACGAGUUAUGUUGUUAUCCAAUAACAUCCAAUAGAAAAACAGAAAAAGAUGAGGGUACCUUAGAUGAUAGAACCGAGAAACCUAGUCCCGUAUCGGUUCUCGAGCCAUUGUUCUCAGAUGACGAUAUUAGCCCGGCCAGAACCAUUUCUCGAUUUGGCGAAACUUCAAUUACACCACUACGUAUCCGAUUUGAAGAUCCCAUUACACCAACCGAAAAUCAAGAAACAUCUAUCCAUACUCUUGUUGAAAACGAGGAAUCUGCAUUCGAAUACAUAGAAACGGUUCUUUUAGCAUCGGAUCUCAAUUGGGAUGAGUUUGAAAAAAGAUGGAUUUCUAAUGCUCAAAUAUUGGAUCAAUCAUUAUACGAAGAACUACAAAUCUUUUCGAGUCAACCCGUUUGCGAUCAACGGCUCCUAUUCGAUUCCACUAACGAAAUUCUCAAGGAAAUAUGUGAUCAAUCCUUGGGUUUGUUUCCCGAGUUACCGUUUUUCAAAACAAAUAUGUAUCUGAUUCCGAAGGGAAUGGAAUUGAUAAAUGAGAGGAAGCCGACUGGACGAGGAGUACUGACAGGAGAUGGAGAUGUUAGGAGACAAUCGGAUUGA